CGAAAAAACCCUAUCCCCAGAAUCCCAACUCCAACACCCGCGAACCACUCGAACGGGAAAAGGGAAAUCCCCCCUCACUCCUCGCUCCGACCAUGGCGCGCGCCGCCGUCUCCACCGCGCCGCUCUCCCGCGUCCACUCGCCGCCGCCGCUCAUUCCGCGGCAUCCACAUUCACAUUCGCGUGUAGGACUCCUCCACCCCCAGCGCAAGGCCCUCACCACCGCCGCGGCGCUGCCCCCGGCGGCCGACCUGCCCCCGCUCUCCCUGCCCGCCGCGGCGGCCGCGGCUGCCGCGCUGGCCGCGGCGGUGUCCCUCUCCGACCCCGAGCGCCGGCGACGCGCGCAGGCGGAGGCGGCGGGGGGCGGGGACAAGGAGGCGGUGCGCGCCUACUUCAACUCCACCGGCUUCGAGCGGUGGCGCAAGAUCUACGGCUCCGCCACCGACGGCGUUAACCGCGUCCAGCUCGACAUCCGCGAGGGCCACGCCCGGACGGUGGCCGCCACGCUCUCCAUGCUGCGCGACUCCCCCGUCCCGCUCGCCGGGGCCACGGUCUGCGACGCCGGGUGCGGCACGGGCUCCCUCGCCAUCCCGCUGGCGUCGCAGGGCGCGUCCGUGCUGGCCUCCGACAUCUCGGCGGCCAUGGUCUCGGAGGCGCAGCGGCAGGCGGAGGCGGCGGCCAUGGCGGCGUCGGACACGUUCCGCAUGCCGCGGUUCGAGGUCCGCGACCUGGAGAGCCUGGAGGGGAAGUACGACAUCGUGGUGUGCCUCGACGUGCUGAUCCACUACCCGCGGGAGGAGGCGAAGCAGAUGAUCCGGCACCUGGCGUCGCUGGCGGAGAAGCGGGUGCUCAUCAGCUUCGCGCCCAGGACGCUCUACUUCGACUUCCUCAAGCGCGUCGGCGAGCUGUUCCCGGGGCCAUCGAAGGCGACGCGCGCGUACCUGCACUCGGAGCGCGACAUCGAGGACGCCCUGCGCGACGCCGGGUGGCGCGUCGCCAACCGCGGCUUCAUCUCCACGCAGUUCUACUUCGCCAAGCUCUUCGAGGCCGUCCCCAUCGCCGCCGCCUCGCAGUAGGUGUUCGUCCAAGAUUUUGUGCGUCUUCGAUUCGUCAUUGCAAAUUUUGCGUCGAUGUAGGUAAUGUAUGUAUCUAACAAUCAAAAUGGAUUUUGGGAUGUGGAUUUUCAUCCCUCGAGGAGACACCCCCUCGUUGUUUA